AAGUUUUAAAUAGGAACUCGGUUGUUACUUUACACACAUAUGUCGAGGAGAUUAAAAAGAAUGCUUUUAGAACUAUAACUUGAGUUUUUAUUUUCCUAUUACAGUGCAUAUAAGCAUUUUUAUCUCGAUGCCAUUCUGCCUACGUGCAAUCGGACCCACCUAGGAGCGGCUGGGCUGGUGGUAGAGCCCGAGGAUGGCUGCUGCUGUAGGUGUAAACAAGCAGGCAUCUGCAGCGGCAAUGGAGAGCUGUGUUCGACACGGCCGGGCGGCUGCAGGAGGCACGGUGAAGGUGCUGGAAUGUGGAGUGUGCGAAGACGUUUUCUCCCUGCAAGGGGAUAAAGUCCCCCGGCUGCUACUGUGUGGCCACACGGUUUGCCAUGACUGCCUCACCCGCCUGCCCUUGCACGGCAGGGCCAUCCGCUGCCCCUUCGACAGACAGGUCACCGAGCUGGGGGAUUCUGGAGUCUGGGGACUGAAGAAGAACUUUGCUCUGCUUGAGCUCCUUGAGAGACUGCAGCAUGGGGCCUCUAACCAGUCAGGCAUGUCAGAAGACGCCUUAGGAGGAGCUGGGGAGCGCAUCAUCCGCUGUGACGAGGACGAGAAUCACAUUGCGUCCAUGUACUGCACUGUGUGUGCCACUCACCUGUGUGCAGACUGCUCCCAGCUCACGCACUCCACUCGCACCCUAGCCAAGCACAGACGCGUCCCCCUUGCCGACAAGCCCCACGAGAAGACUCUGUGUCUCCAGCACCAGGUGCAUGCCAUUGAGUUUGUCUGCCUGGAAGAUGCCUGUCAGCCAGGCCCACUCAUGUGCUGUGUGUGCAAAGAGUAUGGGAAGCACCAAGGCCACAAGCAUGCAGUGUUGGAAGCCGAAGCAAAUCAGAUCCGUGCUUCCAUUCUGGACAUGGCUCACUGCAUUCGUACUUUUACCGAGGAGAUCUCUGAGUAUUCCCGGAAACUGGUGGGCAUUGUGCAGCAGAUCGAGGGGGGAGAACAGAUUGUGGAAGAUGGCAUUGGCAUGGCUCACACAGAACAUGUGCCUGGUACGGCUGAAAGUGCACGUUCUUGUGUCCGAGCUUACUUUGCGGACCUGCAUGAGACACUGUGCCGCCAGGAGGAGAUGGCCCUAAGUGUGGUUGACGCCCACGUGCGAGAAAAACUCAUCUGGCUUCGUCAGCAGCAGGAAGACAUGACCAUAUUGCUGUCGCAGGUCUCCACUGCCUGCCUGCACUGUGAGAAGACAUUGCAACAGGAUGAUUGCAGAGUUGUUUUGGCAAAACAAGAGAUCACAAGACUACUAGAAACACUCCAGAAACAACAGCAGCAAUUCACAGAGCUUGCUGAUCAUAUUCAGCUUGACGCCAGUAUUCCGGUCACCUUCACCAAGGAUAACAGGGUGCACAUAGGCCCAAAAAUGGAGAUUCGCGUGGUGACGUUAGGGCUGGAUGGGGCAGGAAAAACCACGAUUCUUUUUAAACUAAAGCAGGAUGAGUUCAUGCAGCCCAUUCCAACAAUAGGUUUCAAUGUGGAAACAGUGGAAUACAAAAACCUAAAGUUUACUAUUUGGGAUGUUGGUGGCAAACAUAAAUUGAGGCCGCUUUGGAAACAUUAUUAUCUAAACACACAAGCGGUGGUGUUUGUUAUUGACAGCUGUCACAGAGACAGGCUGAUGGAGUCCCACAGUGAGCUGGCCAAGCUGCUGACAGAAAAAGAACUGCGAGACGCGCUGCUUCUCAUAUUCGCCAAUAAACAGGACGUGGCCGGCGCGGUCUCCGUGGAGGAGAUGACGGAACUGCUGAGCUUGCACAAGCUGUGCUGUGGCCGCAGCUGGCACAUCCAGGGCUGCGACGCUCGGAGCGGGACGGGGCUGCACGAGGGCCUGGACUGGCUGUCCCGGCAGCUGGUGGCCGCGGGGGUGCUGGAUGUGGCCUGAGCUCCUUCUGAGGCUGGGCCCGCCCCUCUCCACCGGUUUCCCUCGACAAUUUGAUUCACAUUCUGUAACACCCCACCGCUAACUCAUUGUUACCCUUAUCGGUUUGCGUUCUGUUACACGGCAAGGCUGUGGGAAAGAGAGUUGGGGGGGGUUCCUAUAGCAUCUCCACCCUGAGAGGAUCUGCUCUGUGACACCUGGUGGCUCAUUGGCCCAUGAGCUGUAGAUGAGAGUUCUUCCCACUGCUUCCAACAGACUAUUUGUAAAAGGUCAAUUUUUUGUCUCAGCUUUCCCUUUGAUGUUGAUAAACAUGUCAACCUAAUGGUGUUAAAUUGAAGUCUCAGGCCUGCUGGUAUACACGCAGUAUCAUUUUAGUCCCACAUUGUGCCCCCUUUAUUGUUCAUGGGGGUCUUCCUGUUGAUGAAAAGGGAAAGUCUAAUGAAAUUGGUCUGUUUCUGAAAUUGUCUAGUGGACUAUUCUAAAAUCCUGUUCAAGACCUCCCAGUUUUGCUAGUGAUUCUGAACAGUCCCCUGCUAACAUAUCAUAGAUUUGGUUCAUCAAUACAGUUUUGUUUCAUUGCUUUUGCUUUGGAAGAUGCUAUAGAUUUAACUGGAUAGAUUUCAACUAGUAGGUGGAAUGCAGUAGUAUCUGUUGUCCAGCUAGCAAGAAGUCUAAAAGACUAUCUUCUUAAAACCUCUCUUUGUAAAUUGGAUUACUUAUGUUUAAAUCAUGGUCAGUUAAGGAACCUUAUGGCUAUGACCUGGGUUAAUGAUGUUUAUAAAAGUUAUUCCAUCUCCUGUUUUGAGGGGAGGAUUCAGUAGAGGUGCAGUGGGUGUACCUGUCGUCUGUUCAUUCAUCCUAUAAGGCUGAAACAUAGAAAGGAGGAAGAAAGAGAAUGGGGAUUUGGAGAUUCAUAGUAGCAGCUUCUCAUCUGCAGAAUGUGGUAUUCUACGUUGUUUGCCAACUGCUGUAUAAACUACUCCAUUUGAAGCACAUCCUGCAUAAGCAGAACAAGACUGCUCCAGAAUCUUAGUUCUGGAUGGUGUUUCUCAAAAAUGGUAUUCCUUCCAUAUUAAUAGAUCAUCUUCAUUUGAUAUUCAUAUGUAUUCAGGGCAAAAAAUUGAUGUGAUGCCUAGUAUUUAAGUAUUUGCCUACAGUUGUUCUUGGACUAUCCAAUGCAUUCAGGCAUUGCCAUGAUUAUAUGAUUCACCACUUCCAGCCACCAGAAGAUGUUGAGGAACACCAUGGAAAUGUAUGCUGUAAACACCCUGAGCAGUCUGAGAGAUAUCUUGUUUUGUAUCCUUCAGUGGCUGAAAAGUAUUUUGUGUCACUGAUUACUAUAUGGGGACAAAUGUGAUUAGUGACUUCAGCUCUGUGAUGUGUACUUUAAAUGCUUGAAAGUGAUCAUCCAGUUUCCCAUCAGGGGCUGCAGACAAAAGUUUCGCUGUAAUGAAGACUGCUAGGUGACUAGUAUCAAAAUCAGCCUUGCAUGUGGAGCAGGGAAGUAACUGCCUGAUAAACAUUAUUUCCAUUAAAAGGAAAUAUAAUUCUUAUUUUAUAAGUUAUCUGCAUGUGUAGUUAUGUAAAAAGAACACCCAGAUUUAAUGCACCCUUUAGCCCAUUUCCAAGUUGCAAUUUUAAAGACUUGUUGGGCAUCACUCUUAAACUGAUCCCAGAUUCAGGCAAAACCCAUCUAUAGGACAGCACUUAAAAAAUUAAAGAAUUAAAAAAACUUCACAAGAAAGAUAAUCUACUUUUCACUGGAUUUGAACAGUAAUGGAAUACAGUAGUAUGUGUAGCUGGUAGAAAGUGUAGAAGAUUUUUCUGAAAUCUUUACUAAAAGCUUGGAGCUUUUGUUUUGCAGAAAGUGAUUUUCUACAGUUAUCCAUAACUGACCAACUGCUGUAAAAAAUGCUACAUUUCAAGUACAUCCUGUUUAAUUAUAGUGCAACAUGGACUGAUGUUACACAUCAUCUAAGAUUUACUUUGCAGAAAUGGCUAGUUUUCACUCUGGGUUUGGUCUAUGAAACAUUACAUUGCAUUUUUUAUUGUACCACACCAAGGUACCAUCAUUGUGCUUUUCCUGAGAAAUUCAAAGAACAUGUAGGUUAAUCUUAAUACUAUCUUCAUCAUUUAACAUCUUAAUGUAAGUUUACUACUUGUACCUAUUGAAAAAGCAUGUCUGAAUUUGAUUCAUUUAGUAACUAUCCUACAGGUUAACCAUUAUUGCUGUGGAUUAGUGGAAAAUAAUACAUGGCAUUACUUUGUAAACCCAUAAAAACACAGUACACAUCUAAACAAGAACAUUUGUAACUUGAGUGAAGUGUGUAUUGAGAAAUGCUUUUGUAUACCAUUCAAUAAUGUGAAUUAGUUUUCUGCUGUUGAAAUAAAAACCACCUUGUGGACAUAA